CAGCCGGGUGUAUGCAGGAGGAAUGCUCUGUUGUGAUUGGUGGUUUGGAUCGGCAUAAAGUUGCUUAUUGGUUGUUAUUGUCAAAGUAUUUUGGGUCACACAUCAGAGCAGGUCUAGUCGCAGCAACACCUUGUAGCAGCUAAACGCAGUCAAAAGCGCCAGACUCAAUUGUUUAACUUUUUUCAACUGCAAUACUAAUAAUAUCGAAUUAUAAUGGCGUCGGUGGUUCAACACGGCCGUCGGAGAGGAGUCAAUACAAGUGCAGUGGAAGCUGAUAAAAGAAUCCAGCUUCCUGAUGUCCGACAAAUCACAAUCGUAAGGAAGGGCGACUGGGUCAGGGUUCAAGAUGAACUGAACAAAUGGGAUAAAGAAAUGGAGCAUAAAAGAGAGGCAGCCAAACACAGAGAAGCUCUGAAACUGCAGUCACAAGAGUUGGUGAAACUGUGGCCCAAUAGCAUCGCUGCCCAAAGGCAAAGGAAGCUAGAGGCAAAGAAGAUUCGAGAUCAGAUUGAGGAGGAGAAAAGGAAAUUGAUGGAUAUAGAAGAAGCCAAAUUCAGGGAACAAAAGCGAAAAGCAGCCAUUGAAAAAGCCAAGAUUAAGUUGUAUUAUCAAACAAACCGGGUCAAAAGAUUAAAUAGUGCACUCCUCCUGACAGAAGUCCUGAAGGAGAGAGAGGCUCAGAUUGAACUGAAACAAAAAAUAAAAAGUGCCAGUAAAGAUGUGGAUAAGGAGUUCAUGGAAAUGGUAAAGACUAAAGAUGAUGAUGCCAUGAGAAAGGAGCAGGAGAAGACUCUCCAGAAGAAGCUUGAGAGGCAGGCUGUUGCAGAGGACCUGAAAAAGCAGGUGAAUGAAAAGCAGCUGAUAAGAGAGCAAGAGAGGCUGGAGAACAUGAAGGAUGGAAAGGAAAUCCAGCAUCUUCAAAAGCUCCAUCAGAGGGAGCAAAGAAUGGAGUCAGAACGUCAAGCAAACCAGAAGAGAAACCUCAUGCAAGCUCACCUGGAGCAUCUCACCAUCAGGGAACACAUAAAAAUGGCUGAUGCACAGAAACAGGAGGCUGAAGAGAAACAAAGGAACCUUUUUCUCUCUGCCAAACAAAAAAUGAUGGAUUUACGGAAAGAAAGAGAAAAGGAAUUGGUUAGAGAGGCUCAGCAGCACAGAGAAAAGAUCUUGAACAAACUGACAGCGACACAGCAGGAGCAAACAGUCAAUGAGGAGCAGAGAAUUGCUAAAGCUGUAGCUGAGAGGGAAGCAAAACAGGCGCAUCUGCAACUGGCGGAGGGGGAGAGGAGAGCUGUGAUGUUGAAGUCGAUUGUUGCACACAGAGAAUUCAUGAGACAAGAAAAAGAGAAGAGAGAGAAAGUCGCUGAACAGGACAACCGAGAUGCACUGCAGGCAAAGAGGGAAGCUGACAGAAUAUUUUCUGAGAAACAGCAGCUAAAGGCAAAGGAAACUGGAGAAGAUCAGAGAAAAAUGCAAGACUUCAAUGCUGCACAAAUGGCUGAAAAAAGAACCAAGUUUCAGCGGAUGAAGGAGGAGGAACUUGAGUUUGAAGAGAGGAAUGCCAAACUCAUUGCUGAAGAGGAAAAUAAUUUCCAGAAGUAUUCACAGCAUGUUAUCAGUGCUGCUAUAGAGGCUAAGAGAAAUGUGUUUCCGCUUUACAAAGCAGUAAGAGAAGGGAUCGGAGGUGUGUCUGGUCCUGCUUUUGGUGGAGUCAGGCCUACCUACCUCGUUCAGGAUCAUACUGAUGCUCAGUUGCCCAAAUAUGUCACAAGUGUAACAAAGAACGUGAAGAAGAUUCACGAAGCUGUAGAUAUUAAGGAGGCAAAGGAGAGACUUGGAUUCAUGUGGUGAUAAUUCCCUCAAAGCUGGUGUGUUUUAGUAGCAAGAAUUUUUUUCUCCCAAGUUCACUUCUUUUUUUAUUUUACUCCCACAGCUCUAAAUCAUUUAGAUUUGGGGCUAAGAUAAUUGUAUAUAAUAACCUAUAGGUGUAGUGUGGAACAUUUACAUUUACAUAAUGUAAUACUCUGUAUUAUAUGAUUCCAAUGGAUUUUGGUCUUAAAAGUUAUUAAACACAUAUCAU